UUGGCCACAAGGCUACGAGCUAUAGACUUAGAAGUGGCCGUGGUUGGCAUAGAUAUCAACCCUAUCCAUAUGGUGGUAAUAGUUGGGCGAGAGGCAGAGGCAUAGGCAGAUACUUCCAUGGUACACCUUUUUAAGGGAACGGCAGAGGCCGCUGGAACAAGUUCUCCGAAAAAAGAGGAGGGGGGAAGUCGGCCAAGCAAUAGAUGGCUGUACACAGACAACAGAUGAUAGCCAGGUAGAUUUGCUCUUGAAACCUUAGACGAAAUCGCCUUGAACCCACAAUGUCAUACUUGCGUCAGUUGGCUCUGGUCACCAUCGGUGCCGCCAUCAUGUUGAUCUUUGAGCACGUCACCCUACCCUACUUUUCAUAUACGAUCAUUGAUAAGAGCAUGUUGGAAUCCUCGAAGAACAUUCAAAGUCCGCGCAAAUCUCCAAAGGAUAUACAUACCAACGCUCGUGCUAGUCUUGGUAAAACUAAAGUCUAUAGAUUCAAUGGCAGUCACAUCCAGCAACUUCCUGAGUUUUGCACGUGGACUGUUCACGUUGACUGUGUUCCCUUAAAGACGCCAUCUGGAGAGACGCCAAUCCAUAUACACGAUUUAGCGGUUGACAAGUGGGUGUCCAAAGAAUUAAAAUAUAAUGGAGUAUGGGAAUCUAACAACAUCAAGCUUAUUUUGUCAGAAUUGGAAAAAGACCCCGAGCUUGGUUUCAUGGACCUAGGAUCCCAUGUUGGCGCCUUCUCCCUGUCUGUGGCCAAGUUCGGGAGGAAGGUGGUAUCCGUGGAUCCGCUCAUAGAGAAUGUCCAGCGACUUUGUAAGUCCAUCCAAAAGGGGGGAUUUACAGACAGGAUGACAAUUUUGUUCAAUCCUCUAGGCGCAGACCAUUCUUUCGUGAAUUUCAAGCCUAUUUCAGACAAUCUUGGGGGGACAAGCGUUAUUGCUUCGUCUGGGUCUUCUUCCACAUCACCUUGCGAUGAACCAGCUAAUUCUUACACUAUAACACUUGAUGAUACAUUACCAUACCUUCCAUUCAAGAAAGCAGUUUUAAAAAUGGACAUACAAGAGUAUGAAUAUUAUGCACUCAGUGGUGCUGGCAGAUUUUUCAAGGAGAUCGAAGUUCCAGCAAUUCUAAUGGAAUGGGUCCUCAUGAAAUCAGACAUCAAUGGUAAAAAUCUGGUAGAUUUAUUAUCAAAUUGGAAUUAUUCUGCAUACGAGCCAAUUAUUGGAGGCAAGAAACUCGACAUAAAUCAAUUCUUGAGUUGGCCGUAUGAUGUGCUAUGGAAGAAGGCGAAGCUUGAGCAGUAAGACACCAGGACAUACCAUCAUUUUUUUUCAAAUUGUUCAUGAAUUUGAUUAUUAUAUUAUACAACUUUGCUAUCAAUGACUUUUCGGUGUCAGUCUGUGGUUGACUCCCGUGUAGUACGGUGUGUCAGUCUGUGGUUGACUCCCGUGUAGUACAAUGUGUCAGUCCGUGGUUAACUCCCGUGUUGCACAAUGUGUCAGUCUGUGGUUGACUCCCGUGUAUUACAAUGAGUCAGUCUGUGGUUGACUCCCAUAUAGUAGAAUGUGUCAGUAUGUCGUCGACUCCCGUGUAUUACAAUGUGUCAGUCUGUGGUCGACUCCCGUGUAUUACAAUGUGUCAGUCUGUGGUCGACUCCCGUCUAUUACAAUGUGUCAGUCUGUGGUCGACUCCCGUGUAUUACAAUGUGUCAGUCUGUGGUCGACUCCCGUGUAGUACAAUAUGUCAGUCUGUAGUCGACUCCCGUGUAGUGCAAUGUGUCAGUCUGUAGUCGACUCCCAUUUAGUACAAUGUGUCAGUCUUUGGUUGACUCACGUUUAGUACAAUGUGUCAGUCUGUGGUCGACUCCCGUGUAUUACAAUGUGUCAGUCUGUGGUCGACUCCCGUGUAGUACAAUGUGUCAGUCUGUAGUCGACUCCCGUGUAAUGCAAUGUGUCAGUCUGUAGUCGACUCCCAUUUAGUACAAUGUGUCAGUCUUUGGUUGACUCACGUUUAGUACAAUGUGUCAGUCUGUGGUCGACUCCCAUAUAGUACAAUGUGUCAGUCUGUGGUUGGCUCCCGUGUAGUACAAUGUGUCAGUCUUUGGUUGACUCACGUUUAGUACAAUGUGUCAGUCUGUGGUCGACUCCCAUAUAGUACAAUGUGUCAGUCUGUUGUUGACUCCCGUGUAUUACAAUGUGUCAGUCUGUGGUUGACUCCUGUGUAGUACAAAGUGUCAGUCUGUAGUCGACUCCCAUUUAGUACAAUGUGUCAGUCUUUGGUUGACUCCCAUUUAGUACAAUGUGUCAGUCUGUGGUCGACUCCCGUGUAUUACAAUGUGUCAGUCUGUGGUUGACUCCCGUGUAGUGCAAUGUGUCAGUCUGUGGUUGACUCCCGUGUAGUGCAAUGUGUCAGUCUGUGGUCGACUCCCGUGUAUUACAAUGUGUCAGUCUGUAGUCGACUCCCGUGUAGUGCAAUGUGUCAGUCUGUGGUCGACUCCGUGUAGUACAAUGCAUCAGUAUGUGGUUGACUCCGUGUAGUACAAUGCAUCAGUAUGUGGUUGACUCCCAUAAAGUACAAUGUGUCAGUCUGUGGUUGACUCCCAUAUAGUACACUGUGUCAGUCUGUGGUUGACUCCCAUAAAGUACAAUGUGUCAGUAUGUGGUCGACUCCCAUAUAGUACAAUUAGACUAAAUGUGUCAGUCUGUGGUCGACUUCCGUGUAGUACAAUGUGUCAGUAUGUGGUCGACUCCCAUAUAGUACAAUGUGUCAGUCUGUGGUUGACUCCCGUUUAGUACAAUGUGUCAGUCUGUGGUUGACUGCCAUAUAGUUCAAUGUGUCAGUCUGUGGUUGACUCCCGUUUAGUACAAUGUGUCAGUCUGUGGUUAACUCCCCUGUGGUACAAUGUGUCAGUCUGUGGUCGUCUCCCAUUUAGUACAAUGUGUCAGUCUUUGGUUGACUCCCGUUUAGUACAAUGUGUCAGUCUGUGGUCGACUCCCAUUUAGUACAAUGUGUCAGUCUUUGGUUGACUCCCGUGUAGUGCAAUGUGUCUGUCUGAGGUCGACUCCCAUAUAGUACAAUGUGUCAGUCUGUGGUCGACUCCCGUGUAGUGCAAUGUGUCAGUCUGUGGUCGACUCCCGUGU